AUGAACUUUGGCUUCACCGUCUUGGACACGAGCCUGGUCGUCAUUGGCGAGCGCGUCAUGCUCGGUCCCAACGUGCACAUCUACAGCGCAGGUCAUGACACGAGCGUCUUGUCCCGCGUCAAAUGCAUCGAGUUUGGCCACCCGGUGCGCAUCGAGGACGACUGCUGGAUCGGGGGCAAUGUCACGAUUCUCGCAGGGGUCACGAUCGGUCGGGGCUGUACGGUUGGCGCAGGAUCGGUUGUGUCACGGAGCCUGCCGCCUUUCUCUGUUGCCCUUGGGUCGCCAGCAAAGGUUAUCAAGAGACUCCCGACUUUGGAGGAAGAACUGGCUGAUCCGCGGAACAUUUAUCAUCGGUUCCCAGAUCGGUCCUGA